GGGAUCAGCUCGUUUGUCUCCCAGUUGCAGACCAGCUCCCCACCUAUGGCCAGCUCAAGCUCCACCCACAUUUCCACGUCCAGUUGCUCCUCGUCAUCCUCCUCCAUGUCCGGGGUGUUGAGGACGACGACCAGCGCGGGCAGGUCCUGUUGUUCUCGGGCUCGCUGCAGGGCGGGCAGCUGCUGGGGAGGCAUCGGCGGCGCCGCAGGCACACGGGAUGUUCCCUCCUCCUGGUGUCUCAUGGGGUUUGAGGGUUGACACACUGAUAUUGGAGCAGCAGCUCCUCCAGCACCUCAAGGCAGAUUUUGGUCAUGUCCAGGGCUCCCUGAGGGAUCUGCUGAGCUCCUCCGCGUUGCUGAUGGAGGGCUGGUAAUCCGUUCUUCCUCUCUUGUCUUCCUCUCUCUUUCUUUUUUUCCUUUCCUUCUUUCCUUCCUCCUUUCCCUCUCCCUCUCCCUCUCCCUCUCCCUCUCCCUCUCCCUUUCCCUCUCCCUUUCCCUCUCCCUUUCCCUCUCCCUUUCCCUCUCCCUUUCCCUCUCCCUUUCCCUCUCCCUUUCCCUCUCCCUUUCCCUCUCCCUUUCCCUCUCCCUUUCCCUCUCACUUCCUCCCUUCCUUCCCUAUUUCUAUUUGGCUUUUCACUGAACAGUUCUGCUUAGAAUAAAUUCUGGAGUCUGCCCGGAGGUGCAGGUGGGUGGCCCAGAAGGACCUUCCUGCUUCCCACAGCUCCACCGGCACCGUGGAGUGGGAGCAGAUGGUGCAUCUAGGUGUCCAGCGCAGGGCUCACGCGCCCUUGCACACCGCAGAGGUGGUGGCGUAGAGCUCCGGCAGGACAAGGUGGGACCAGGAGGAGCGUGGGCAGGGGCAGCGCAGCGUGGAAGGCCAGGGCCGGGCUGUGCCGGGCGGCUGUUGGAGCCAGGUUGGUCAGGAGGUGUUUCUGCAGGACGAGGUCCUGUGGAGCGUUGGGGUGGCGCUGGCAGACGGGGUGGCCUCUGCUGGUGCUGGUUUGGAUGGGGCUGACACGACGCACCAGGGGUUCUGCUGACUCAGCCAGGACCAGCAGAGCAGAGCACCCAGCGAUCUCUCACAGGGCCCCUGGGGCCGUAUUUCAGCACCAAUAAUGGGGCUGACAAAAUGGGAUCUGCUGAGCUCUCUGCGUUGCUGAUGGAGGGCUGGUGUGUUCUUUCCUUCUGUCUUUCUUCCUGUCUUUCUUCCUGUCUUUCUUCCUGUCUUUCUGUCUCUUUCUUUCCUUCAUUGUCUUUCUUUCUUGCUCUCUUUCUGUCUUCCUUUCUAUCUCUCUCGCUCCCUCUUUCUUUCUCUUUUUCUUUCUGUUGCUUUCUCUCUCAUUUCUUCCCUUCCUUUUCCACUUCUAUUUGGUUCUCAACUAAACAGUCCUGUUUAGAAUAAAGUCUGGUGCUUAUCACCAGCCUAAAUAGAUUUUUCAUGUUCUGCAGCAGCACUGCUGGUCCGAAGUGCAGGGGAGCGUUGGGGCGAGCGGGGCCGGCUGGGGACACACAGAGCCCGGUGGUGCCUCCAGGCCCAGGUGGCUGGCACAGUGGCCCAUUGUGCCCAGGGGUGCAGGUGGGUGGCCCAGAAGGACUUUCCUGCUCCCUGCAGGCCCUGGGCUGUGUCCCCCAAACCCUGACGCAGGGGCUCUCUGGGGCGGCUGCACCAUCCCCUGUGGCACUUGGGGCACCGGGGCAGCCCUUGUGUGUCAAUGUGAUGUCACCGUUGCAUCACAAACGUGGCCCUUAUUUCACUUGGUUUCGGGGAGGCUCAGGUGUCACUUUGACUGUGCGCGAGCCAGUGGGCAAGCGAGCAAGCGAGAUGGGCAAGUGUGUGGAAAACACAUCAGAGAUGGAAGGAGAAGCAAAGGCGCAGAGACCCCAGAGGAGAUUCUGGAGCUGUGUCAGGGACAUGGGGGAAUGGCAGCUGACCCUGCUCACCUUCAUCUUAUUCCUGACUGUCUGGGUCCUGUGCAACAUCCUGCUGCCCCGCACCAUCACCUCGUUGGGCAUCAUGGGUGUGAGCAUCUACAUGGCCCGUUGGGCCAACACCACCAAGGUGAAGGGCACCUGUGUGAGCAAGAGCCCGCAGAGCAGCAGCGGGACGGACCCCAUGGGGGAGCAGCCCUGUCCCAGAGCUGCCCGGGGCUCCGCUGCGGCUCCCGGCCAAGGGAGCCCAUCGCAGCCGGAGCCCUGUGAAGGCGAGGAGGUGUCUGCAGAGAGCUCCAGGUCUGGCCAGUGCAUUCCCCGGCAAGGAGAAUUGUGGAGAAGCAGCUGCGAUGGGGAAGCAGCCUCUACAAGGCAGCUCCCCAGGAACCGGCACUCCAUCGGCAACAUGGAGGAGCUCAGCAGAUCCCUCGUGGACUCCCUGGACAUCAUCUCAAUCUGCUAUGACCUGAUGGAGGAGCUGAAGGAAACAUCUCAGAAUAGCAGGACUCCAGUCUUGCACAAAUCCAAGAGUAGAGAGUAUCUGGUCUGCCUGCGGUGCCGUCGAUGCCUCACGAGCAGCUGCCCGCACUGCGAUGAACCCGAGGACCUGCCUGUGCUGGUUGUCAUCCUCCACAGAUUGGACAUGAUGAUGGUCGAGGGGAAACUGGUAGAGAUGGAUUUGGAGCUGAAGUUUGAGCUGUUCUUCUGUGGGGAGAUGGUCUACACAUGGGAAAGAAUGCAGGUGCUCCCUGAAUCUGCCCCCGAGAUGAGCUGCAAGGACUGUGACCAUUCUCUGCCCACGAGCCUUUGGGGCAGCGAGUGCUUGAAGGUCCCACAUUCUGUCCUCAGGACACCACAGGGACAAAUGGGACCGGAUGGGCAGGACACAAGGGCUGCUCCUGAACAGCAGCUUUGGACAGAACGCAGCGAUGCCGGCAGCGCAGACCUGCAGCCAGCUGGGCAGGGGGGGUCUCUCCACAGUGCGGUCUCCACGCGGUCCAGGAGCCCUGGGGACAGUGAGACCUCGCAGGUGUCAUGUCCCAUCCUCAGCACCCAGGGGACACCAGAGGGACAGAUAGGACUGGGCAAGAAGGACACAAGGGCUGCUCCAGACCUGCAACCGGCUGGGCAGGGGGAGUCUCUCCCCAGUGCGGUCACCAAAUAUCCCUGGCCCCCAUGGGCACAGCCCCUCUCCCGUGCAGCCCUGGAGCGGCUGCGCAGGGCUGGGCUGGAGCCGCUGCCCGCGGUGUGGUUCAAGGACCUGGGGCCGGCGCUCAGUCUGCAGCAGCGCAUCCAGCACUCCUGGGAUGCCGCGGAGUGGGAGCAGAUGGUGCGGCUGGAUCUCGAGCGCAGGGCUGGCGCGCUCACACGCACCACGGAGGCGGUGGUGUGAGGACAUGGCUGCACACCUGCUCCCACCUGCAUGGGGAACUGGGGAGAGGCAGCGGCAGAACAGACUGGGACUGGGAAGCAGUGGGGCAGAGUGGAGGAGGAAAGGACUUGUCUGGAAAAGCAGGCAGCAGUGAGACAUCUCCCCACUAAUGUGAGGCCUCAGCAGAGAACCCAGAAGUGAAAGCCGAUUUUUAUUGACUCAUUAAAACUGUAGUAUCUUAAAACCA